UGAAAUGUAGUACCUUAGGCACCGACGGAGUGGCGUCUGUGAGCUUUUGUGUCUCCAUAAAGGCACAGAGCACACAUGUUCACCAUUGGGUGUAGCAUCGAUGUAGGAGCAACGUGUGUCAGCAUUUCAUUGUCUACUUCAAAUCUCUGCUUACAAAAAUCCUAGGAUACAUACGUACAAAUUUAGUUGUAGUUUUUAGAUACGUUACAAUAUGUAUUCUUUACAAGAUACAUUACAAUUAAGUAGUCAAGUUAUUUAUGCAGCAAAGUACGUUUGGCAAUCAAUUCCACCGUUACGAAGUGUUGCACUCAGUACGCCAAAACAAGAAACAGAAAAUAUGUUGCCUUUGUGGAAAUUAGCUACAAUAAGACCACACAUGUGCUUUGCUGGCAUUAGUGGAGCAAGUGCUGUUAUCAUUGGUGCUUAUUUUGCACACAACAAAUAUCCAGAGGGCUCUAAUGGAAAAAAAGAAGUUGUCGAAACUGCCAAUCGGUAUCAUUUUUUCCAUUCGCUAGCAUUGUUAGGUUUACCACUAUGUAGAAAGCCGUUCGUGACUGGAACAUUCCUAAUUUCUGGAAUAGUACUGUUUUGUGGAACAAAUUACUAUUCCGCGCAUACGGGCGACAAACAAUUUAAUAAAGUUAUACCGAUAGGAGGAGUAUGUUUCAUAUUGGGAUGGUUGAGUAUGUGUCUUUAAUUUUCUAAGAAACGUGAGAUCAUAUGAAAAUGAAAGAAAAGUACAAUAAAACGAUAGAAAUUAAGAAUCGAUGAUAUUGUUUGUACACUAUGCACAAAAGUAAUUAUGUUAAAGUAUUUGUAUUUUCAUAUAAUUAAUUUAAAUGAUUUCCAAUAUACGUGUCGCUUACGAAACAUACUGUACGGGAAUAAUAUUUUGCCGGCAAACACGUUUUUUUAUAUUUAUUGAAAUCUACUAAGAAAACAUUUUGAUUUGAAUAAAAUGAAACUUGUUUAUACUAAUAAAUUGAUAUAAAUAUAACUUUUGUUUAUAAUAUUACCGACACAGGUUCAGAUCGUAUUCUAAACCAUUACGAACUACGCGAUGCAUUUUUAAGUCUUCGUCCCCCUUGAAUAUUUUCUUUUACCAACGAGUUUUGUUUCUCUAUAUUGUGUAUGCAUUACCCAGUUGUAAUUUGUCAUUAUUUAUAUUAGAAAUGUAAUGCAAAAAUAUAAGUAUAACCUGUUUUAUGUUUACCGUAAAUUAUGUAAAAUUACGUAGUAUGAGAAUAUUGCAUAGCGAUCAAAUAAACUUCGCGGAACAGCGUUUAAAUAAAAAAGUAUCAUAAUGGAUGGAACGGCGAAAUUUCGACACAACCUUUGUAAUCUUAUUUUAAGUCAGUUAUGGACAACUAGUA